AUUUGGCGCUCGUGGUCUCGCAGCAGCCGUCUGUCUGGAUGUACUUGAUCCACAGCGGUUGCUGUCGCCAUUGCUGCCGCUCUUCGAUCCAUUCCCGUUGUCGUUACAACCCCCCCCCACUCUGGCCAUGAUCGAUACGCUCUCUCGUCUCUGUCUGCAUCCUGCGUCUCUCGAUCGCAGCGACCGGACCAGUGCCCUCCUUUGCCCUUUGUACAUCCACCGUUUCGAUCCCGCCUCGCCUUCCUCCGGCUUCGACCCCCCAUCUUGUCCAAUUCAUCUAUUGCCAUUCUUGCGCUUCCGCCCGAUAUUCCCGCCUUCUGGACCCGCUCGUUUUGCGGCCCGGGUAUGACCGGUGGCUUGAAUGCAACCUGGUUUGCCACCGAGGCCACAAAACAAAACCGAGCCCGGACUCCCUUGCUUUUUCGGUCCUCCCUUUCUCUCCCCGGGCUUUCUUUCCUGGCCUGCUCCCUCUCCCGUCGCCCCACCGGCGUCGAAUCGGUAUAUCUGCCUGUUCGUAUCCCUGCUCUACCACAUUGCCCUCUGGCUCGGACGGUGGCCCUGGCCCUCGCCCAUUUAACCCAGUGUUUGAUCCCCGUUGCUGCUGCUCUCCUCCCUUGGCCUCCUGCUUCCUGCCUCACUCACUCCCCUGGCCUCUCUGCCUCCCCAUCACUUGCUCCCUGGGUCCUUGAUCUCCCCCCCUUUGAUCCCUCUGGUGGUCGGUCUCCCUCGUUUCGGCACCUUCACUCUGCCCCUCUCGUCGAGCCUGCUGCUUGCUUUACUUGCUUGCUUAUUGUGCCGGUUGAUCAUCUGAAUCAAUGGUGUAUAUGUACACCCGCAAUACAGUUCCGCAUCCCUGUCGCAUUGCGCGCAAGCCGCCAGUGCCUGGAUCCGAUGCAUAUCCACUCGAUGUGCAUCGCCCGCCAUGCGACAAUCACAGUGCAUCUUUUGUUUUCUUGAAAACAAACAAUAAAGAGGGCGCCUUGAUCGCCCAGGCACGGCCCGAGUCGUCGUGGUGGUAUAUACGCCGGUCGGUGUAUACCAUCGCGCUCGCACUCGCUCGGCCAAGGAGCUGUUUUUCUGUUUGGAUGAUGCUGUCACCUGUUUUUGGUUUCUUCGUGCUGUCUACUGUUUUCACUGCUUCGUGUUAUCAGCUGUUUUC